AAGAGUGCAGGCUGGUAGAGAGAAAAAAACACUGGAGGCCGAAAACAUAAUCUGUUGAUUGGCUUCUGCACAUCAGACCCACUGCUGCAGCUGUAAACCUCCGCCUGGACCCGAACUGCCACUCCUGACCCGCUUUUGGUGGAGUUCUACGUGGCAGAUCAGUGAGCAUGUCCGCCUCAUAGAGCGAAAGUAAAGCUCACCUGCCGCAGAAAAGACACGGCCGAGUCUCUUUGAUCUAGGCCAUGGCCCACGGCACCAUGCUCCAGUAUGAGCCGGUGGCAGAGAUCGGAGGAGGCGCUUAUGGGACGGUUUAUAAGGCCCGAGAUACAGAGAGCGGGCAGUUUGUGGCUCUGAAGAGCGUUCGUGUGCAGACCGACCAAAAUGGCCUCCCAGUCUCCACAGUCAGAGAGGUGGCUCUGUUGAAAAGGCUGGAGCAGUUUGACCACCCAAACGUGGUCAGGCUAAUGGAUGUAUGUGCCACCCAGAGGUCGGACCAGGAGACUAAAGUCACUCUGGUGUUUGAACAUGUGGACCAAGACCUCAAGACGUACCUAGAGAAAGCCCCGGCUCCUGGAUUAUCCCCCGGCCGCAUUAAAGACCUGAUGAGGCAGUUGCUGUGCGGUUUGGCAUUCCUUCACUCUAACCGCGUGUUGCACCGAGACCUGAAACCAGAGAAUAUUCUAGUAACCAGCCAGGGCCAGGUGAAGCUGGCUGAUUUUGGACUGGCCAGGAUCUACAGCUGCCACAUGGCCCUCACCCCUGUGGUGGUGACUCUGUGGUACCGCCCCCCCGAGGUUCUGCUGCAGACCAGUUACGCCACACCUGUGGACAUCUGGAGCACCGGCUGCAUCUUUGCUGAGAUGUUCAGACGCAAACCUUUGUUCUGCGGAGAAUCAGAAGUGGACCAACUUGGGAAACUUUUUGAAGUUAUUGGCUUACCACCAGAGGAUGAGUGGCCGACUGAUGUUACUCUCUCAAGAAAACACUUCUCCCCUCUCUUACCUCGACCAAUCACUGACUUUGUUCCAGAGAUAAAUGAGCAGGGGGCACAACUUUUGCUGAAAAUGCUGACCUUCGACCCCUUGAAACGAAUUUCUGCCCUGAAUGCCCUAGAACAUCCAUAUUUCCAGGACGAGGAGACAUUGACUUGAAAUGAUGCAGUGAAACGUGCGGCGAGAGGUAACGGUGUCUAAGCUUGCACUUGGCCUUUCCAGAAAGGAUUUCAGUUUCAUUUAGUGCAUUGCCUUUUAAGACGUCUGAGUUAUGCUUUGGGAUAUUUUUGUGUAGCGCCUACAUCAAAAAAAGGAUUAAAGCCUGAGAAAUGGAAUUUUAAAAAAAGAAGAUGAGUGAACUUAAGGAUCACUGGCAUGCUUUCCAUUGCACAAUGAUGUUCACAUGUCAUGACAGUACCAGUGUUUUUGGCUUGUGUAUCAGUCUCGUCCGCAGGGACUGAUGCACAGAAACGUCUGUCAUCUCCUCUGAAAUGUUGCUCUUGCUACUUUUGUACUCGUUACCGGCUGACAGAUGUGACACCUCAGGGUUAGAGCAGCCAGUCAUUAGUGAUCUUACUGUAUUUGUGGUCAUAUUUAUCAUACUAAAGGAGCAAUGAGACAAUAUGUUUUAUUGGAAAUUGCGAGGAAAGGAAAGAAAAAUGCACAACUGACACGCAUGACAAAAAUACUGGUAUUGCCCUUUUAAUACUGUCAUAAAUAGUUUCUGAUGACUUAUGACUGAAGGGUUGGACUUCAUUUCAUACUUUUGACCGUUUGCUAAAACCAUCUGAAAUCAACUGGCACUGCAACUUCAAAUGAAUAAAAAACUCAUAUAAACGCAUAUAAACUUC